GGUUCUCGUUGGGGUCCAUUUGGCGUCACGAGAGAUGGUGAUGUCGGCAAGAGUGGAGUGUGCCUCGAGGUAAGCCGCGACUGGCACAGCCACGCAAUGGCAAGUGCACGCCACUUGCCGCAAUGCUAUGACUUUGCUCACCACCACGGGUGCUACAAGCUUGACAAUACCGGUCACGACGCUCGACGCCCUCGGCGAUGGUCCUCGAGUUCCUCAACCCAUUCCACCGCCCGAAAGAUGACUUUGAGCCUUACUCCUUCGCCGCACUACUGUUCCGAGCGCCAGUGAAGCUACUGCUAUACCAUGCUUACCACCUGAUAACAUACCUGCGCUCCACGCCUACACCUACGCAGCCUUCGAUUCGAGUCGUGUGCAUAUCGGAUACACAUAGCAACAUACCAGAGGACGUACCACCGGGAGAUAUACUGAUACACGCGGGGGACCUGACGAAUGAUGGGAGCAUUGCGGAAAUACAAAAACAGAUCGACUGGUUGGUCUCGUUACCGCACAAGGAGAUUGUGGUGAUUAGCGGAAACCAUGAUACAUAUCUAGAUCCACGGACAAGGCCGUCGUUAUCCGAAGAACAGAGGAGGGGGACUCUUAAUUGGAAGAGGCUGCACUAUCUACAACACAGGCGGCUCAGCCUUACGAUUACCACCGAGCCCAAGAGCACCGAUCCGGCCAGCGCAAGAACGCCACUACUCGCGGCAGAGCGAGACCAGAGACGAAUACGCAUCUACGGCGCACCACAAAUACCAGCAUGCGGGCCCAUGAGCGUGCAUGCCUUCCAAUAUCCAAGAGGACGAGAUGCGUGGUCAGAGACUGUGCCCAAGAAUACAGACAUUCUUGUCACACAUACGCCACCAAAGUACCACUUAGACCUAUCCCUCCCUCACGGUAUGGGCUGUGAGCAUCUGCUGGAAGAAGUCAGGCGAGUCAAGCCAACGCUCCAUGUGUUCGGCCAUGUGCAUUGGGGGGCGGGGAUGACAGUGGUGUGGUGGGAUAAGGCCCAUGAUGCCUAUGUUCAAGGGCUGGCUACAAAUUCAAAGUGGACACAUGGUUUACUCAAUCCGCGAUUGUGGUGGAGCGUUGUCAGGGUCCUGUAUCGCGGAACCCGAGAGCUGCUAUGGGACCGCGUAUGGGGAGGGCAAAGCCCAAACACCAUCCUGGUAAAUGCAGCUCAAAUGCAUGGCAACACGGGAAAGCUAGGCAAUCCCGUCCAGGUUGUCGACAUAUAAUGUACAUCGUCACAGUCGAAUAGUAAUCGUAAUGUAUAAACGCAAUCUUGAUUAGGCACAAUAGGAAGCACUUGAUUGUCGGGAAGCCUUUUCGAACUAAAAAGGAUUCUGUUGAUUUCGCUUGACUACCUCGCUAGAGAAGCCAAGUUCAACAUGGAGACCAGGCGAUAUGUGCCGUUCCCCGCGACUUUAUUUGAUCGUGGUCAUGAAACCAUAAAUCGUGCCAACCAUGCCAUGCCAUAUUCCACCACUGAGCCAAAUGUAUGCGCACAUGCUCAGAGACGACGACCACGGCGACCACCCUUCCUCCUGGUGGAGUCGGACGGGGUGGGGGUGACGUCCUCGAUACGUCCGAUGCGCAUGCCAGCACGGGCAAGAGCGCGGAGAGCGGACUGGGCACCGGGGCCGGGGGUCUUGGUGCCGUUACCACCAGUGGCGCGGAUCUUGACGUGCAGGGCGGAGAUUCCGAGUUCCUUGCAGCGGGCGG